GAUCUCCGGUAUACUGCAUAAUUAUUUAAGAAAAGUACACUUGUAAAUAUUAAAAUGUAUCAGGUGGAGUUUAUCUGUUGUUUAAAAACGCAAGAUCAGUUCUGAAGCGUCACACAAUCUUCACUGAAACUAAAGGCAACGAUCUGAAAAACCUGGUUUAUCAUGGCAAUGCUGAGAAAUCUUCUGCUUCUUUUCUUUAUAUUCUUCCUGCAGAAUGCAGCAGCUGAGAGGUGCCCCUUUGGAUGGAAACCUUUUGGAGUACAAUGCUACAAAUACUUCUCUCAGAAUGUUAACUGGCCAACAGCAGAGAAAACCUGUCAAACCGUUGAUGGAAAUCUGGCAUCUGUGCAGAGCAAAAUGGACAAUGACUUUCUACUGAGUCUAGUGCCUGGAUCCUCACGUGCUUGGAUUGGCGGUCAUGAUGGUGAACAAGAUGGUCAAUGGAUGUGGACUGAUGGGUCUGUCUUUCAAUUCACCUACUGGGGCUCUACAGAACCGAACAAUUACAAAAAUGUUCCUGAGAGCUGCUUGGAGAUCAGCCGGAACAGUGAACGCCGUUGGAACGAUGAGCUGUGUUCAACUUUAAUGGGCUUUCUUUGUGCUCAAAGACUUUGAGAUCAUUUGUUACUGCAUACAUUUCAAUAUUGUUGCUGUAUCUGCAGAAAUAAGAAUAAUAAGAAUAAUUCUGUAACUUUACCUUGAAGACUGUAUAUCUUAUAUAAAAAAAAUUAAAAAAAAAUCUCUGAAAGACUCUUAAAAUCAUUAAAAGCAUUGAAA